UCCAAGGUAGAUAAGCUGUUUCGAAUACUUCGAUUUUUCCAGAUACUGUUCUUUUCUCCUUCCUUGCUUACAAAAAUGCAAGAAAUCCCUUUUUCUGGCGGUAGCUCCAAUCGUUACCAGACUCUUGUUGAACGCACUUCUGUCGGAAUACCCACAUUUGCCCCUCUCCACAAAUUUCUCUUGAGCGAGGCGAGUGAUAAUAUCACUUGCAAAAUCUCCUUGAUCGACUUUGACGAGGACCACCAUACGGGUGAGGAACAGGGCCAACAUCCAAACACUCAGAAGAAAGAAAAGACCAUUGAGCCUCAAACUAUCAAGCCUGAAAGUCUGGAAGAUCUGCUGAAGCAGCCUGCUACUCAUAGACUUCUCCUUGUUGAAAAUCUAACUCGGAAUGUGAUCAUUUUACUGGGCACAUACUGGAACGUACCUCCAGACUUUUUCUUAGCACAUCUCGAAAACUCAAACUGGUAUAGCCUUCAAAACAUUCCCCAGAUUUUGCCAGGUCUUAGUUCUAUCCAAAGUUUCGAUGGCUACGUCCGGUUCCAGUUCAUUGGCCCUCGAGAAUUUGAGAUUGAAGGAUCUGCAGGCCCGCAGGCUCCAGGUGCAUCUGGUGAUCAUAACUUAUUGCCAGACCGAAUCCACGAAGACUGUGCAACGGCAUCUGUGCCCAGAGUUGCAGGUGGAUUCACACCGUUCCCGCCGCCAAAUACAGAUCCGGACGAUGAUUGUGAGACUAAAAUGAAUCCAGUGGCUUUUGUCAGGAAUUCAGUCACCAUAUGGUUUGACCAAGAGGGCGAAAAGUGGCGAAGAGGCAUUGUUUUGUUCGACCCAGCUUUUGCAGCCAAAGAUGAUCGCCUCAACAAGAAAGAAAAUUCGAAAUAUCGUUCUUUCAUUCGCAGACGUCCACCAUUAGAAGGUUAUUCGAAAGACGAUAUCGAUCAACGAAGCUCGUAUAAAGAGUCGUUCCAAAAGUGUUUGCAGCACAAUAAGCAGGUCAGGGAAGCUGUUGGGGUUCCAAGACCAUUCGUUCUCCUCGAAGAUCUGUGCCGUAUCAUUGCUUCGGAAUGGCUAGUCUUCAAUACUUACAUUGAAAGAGAGUUGAACAACAUCGAAAGCUGGUUUGAGGAGCUGGGGGAGAAUUGUAACGAGAAGCAGCUUCACGACCUUCUGCUACAAUUGAUGCGAGCACGUCGCCGGGUGACCAAGUAUGAUACACUUGUGAGCGAUCAACUCGAUUUAUGCCCUGCGCAUUGGAAACACGACUCUGCUCAGAUAAGGGCCUCUUGUCCGGUUUCAGGUGCUUCUGCGACCUCAUUUUCGUCACCCUUGCAUGACUUUCAUCAAGUCAGCAGUCACCUUACGCACAACAAGACCCGCAUCUCUCAAUCAAUCAAGAUGGUGACCUCGCUCAUGGCCGUUCGUCUCAACAACCUUGUUGCACAACAGAACAAAGUCAUAGCCUCUCAGAGUUCGACGCUCGUCAAGCAGAACAGAAACUUGACAAAACAGACGGAGACAAUGGCACGGCAGAACAGGCUAGCAGAAGCGCGAAACUCCAGCUUGGCUUUCUUGACAGGGGUUACGAGCUUUCUUCUACCAUUUACUACGAUUGCGGCCUUCAUGGCAAUUCCUACGGAGAAUGGACUCGGACCUGGAUCUGAAAGACAGUGGGUAUACUGGGUGUCAUCCAGCUUGUUGGCUUCGGGCCUCGUUUUGGCGUUUUAUUUUGAUUACCGGAGAGAGACUAAGAAGGCAAAUCACACAGGCGAUGAUAAGUGAUUGUAAUGCUGAGAGCGCUGUAGACGCAGGUAGCGCAGAUCUGUCGUGAUUUCUGACAAAUACCAAACAAACAUACUAUGUGACCCCUUCAGUGAGACUUGACACUCCCCGAAGAACAUGUACAGUACAAACCUUGUUGCG